AUGUUCAAGCUUAAGAAUAUUUUAAAGGAAAGCAAAGAAGUAUAUAAAGUUAAAAAUUACAUAUUUAAAAGAUAUUUAACAAAAAUAAGCCCCUAUUUUGUAUACAGAAAUAAUGAAAAUGAAUUUAAUAGAUCUAUACAAAACGAGAUUAAGAUUAAGCAUAUGAAUUCCUCUGUUCUAUGCAUUUUUUCUAAUAUGCUAUUAAAAGAAAAUAUAAAAAAUGAUUUUAUUUGGAAACAAGUUGAAAGACGAUCUUAUGAAAUAAUAGACAGAUUUGAAGUUGGAGAAAUCGCUUCAUUUUUAUUUUGCUUAAGUAAAGCUCGAUAUGAAACAAAUUUAUAUGAUAGUUUCAUUCCCAUAAUAAAAAGAAAAUGCGAAUAUCUUAAUACAUCAAAUCUAGCUAUGCUAAUAUCUAGCUAUUCAAAAAGAAAAAAAGAUGAUUUAAUAAUUUUGUUAAAAGAUGAACUAAAAAAAAAAGUACACACACUUUAUAAUAUAGUUGAAAUAUCUAUGAUUUUAAAUGCCUUAGUUAAAUGUAAAAUACAGGACGAAGAAUUAUUUAUUAAAUUGGAUAAUAUAAUAGUUGACAAUGUAUUUCAUAAGCAUGUACAUAUUAGAGAUAUAUGUGUAAUCUCUUAUUGCUAUGCAAGUAUAUUAUAUAAAAAUAUGAAUAUUUUUAAAAUAUUAUCUCAAAGAAUUAUUACACUUUUUGAUGAUGCAAAUUUAGUAGACAUAUGUAGAAUAUUGUAUACCUAUAUAAAAAUCAAUCAAAAUUAUAAUCAUAUAUUAAAAUUAUCAACUCUCAAAUUAAAUAUUUGUAUGCACAAAAGUAGCAUUAGUGAAGUUAUUAACUGCAUACAUUUUUUGCCUUUAUUAAAAGACCUUGUAGAAAGCGAUGAUUGCAAUAAUAUCAAAAAAAUAAAAAACAAUGAAACAUGUAAAGAUAAAAGCAUGAAUUAUCACAUUGAAUAUGGUAAUUUAUUUAAUUAUAUUUUAAAUGUCUUUAAUGAUAAAUUGACAAGCUAUGUAAAUUUAUUAAAUGCAAGUCAAAUUAGUAACAUAUUAUAUAUAUACUCAAGAUAUAAUAUACUUAUAUCUUUGCAAAAAUUAGAAAUAUUUAUAUCACAAAUUCGAAAUAUAGAGUUAUCAGAUGAAUUAAAAAUUUAUAUUCUAUAUUCUUUAUCCAUUCUUUUAAAAAAUUAUGAAAAUAAUACAAAUUUUAAUUUUGAUAUUUUUGACGUAAAUCAAAUUUUUAUUAAAGACAAUACGGAAAAUUAUAGCUAUGAAAGCCAAAAUUAUAAAAGAGACAUUAAUACAUUAAAAUAUGUCAACAAGCCAAAUUCUGAAGGAUUAAAAAAAAAAUUAAUUAGCUGUUUAAAGCUAUGGGAGAAUAGCAUAAAUUUGUUCAUAAAUAAUUAUGAUAUUUGUUCAAUUCAGGAUAUUAUAAAAGUUUUAAAUAUAUUUUUAAUAUUAGACCACAUAAAUAAUUUUAUUAUAUAUAGUGUAAAAAAUUAUAUCAUAAUUAAUUAUAAAAAGAUAAAUGAACAUAAUUCUUACUCCUUAAUGUUUUAUUUCCAAAAAUUAAAUGUAUUAAAUAAUGAUGAAGAUUUCAUAGAAAUACUUAAAUAUAAAAUCAGAUAG